UCAAUUUGAUUUUGUAGAGAAUAACUUGGCAGAUUUUCUCUACAUCUGUUUUCCUUUUCAAUUUCUUCCGCUUUGAAUAUUUCCUCUCGUUGUUUGGUCAUCAACAGCUGUUCCUUCCGAAGGAGGUAUCAUUCAAAUUUGCGUGCAGGUUAGGCGACUAUUGGCGCCGUUGAUUUUUCAGUGUUGCAAUUAAGUUUGUUUAACGGUGUUUAAAUUGUUUGAUUUUUGUUCAUUUAGUUUGGUGUUUUUGGAAUCCAGCAACUGGAGGUUGAAUUGAUUUGUUGAUUUUUGGAUUGUUGCAGUUAAGUCUGUUUAACGGUGUUCGAAUUGUUUGAUUUUUGUUCAUUUGGUUUGGUGUUUUUGGAAUCCAGCAACUGGAGGCUGAAUUGAUUUGUUGAUUUUUGGAUUGUUGCAGUAUUUUCCGAAUCCAGCAACUGAAGGUUGAAUUGAUUGGUUCAUUUGUUGGUUUGGAUAUUGCCAUGGCGAUUGAGGUUUUCUCCGACGAUUCUGGUAGCCCUAGGAUCUCCUUUUCGUACGAUCUUCCCGGAUCCGACGCCGCCGCGCCGUCCGGCGAAGAGUUCGUCCGUACGAGCUCCUCGUCGUCGUCCUCCGCCUCUUUCUCCUCCGUCGAUUUCGAUUUCUGCGUUUCGCGAGGAAGUUUUGACCUAGAAUCGUCCUCCGCUGAUGAGCUCUUCUCCGAUGGGAAGAUCCUACCGGUAGAAAUCAAGCGAAGAAUCCUACCGCCUAGAACAUCUAAGGAGGAUCCACGGCUUGCGCCUCCACGUCGUCCUCCGGCGGCUCCGAUAGUACGCCGAUCGUAUCCUCCUCCUCCUCCAAAAGCGAAAAACUCCAGCGACGACGAGACGAAGCUUCCAGAAGCGGCGGAGAAGUGUAAGUCGUCGUUCUGGCGGUUCAAGCGAAGCUCAAGCUUCAACUGCGGCGGCGGCGGAGGAUCUCUCUGUCCAUUGCCGCUGCUGUCGAGAAGCAGCUCGACUGGCUCAACCGCCGGCGGCAAGCGCUCGUCGUCAAUGGCGCAGAGUUUCCCGACGAACAGUUCAUCAAACAGUCGGCCGAAGAAACCCCAAUCCGCCUGGCCGCCGCCGUUGAAGCGGAACAACAGCCAUGGAUAUCACACCAGCAACAACAGGAUGAAAUUGAUUCAUCCAGUUCUGCUCAACGUUCCUCCGGCGAAUCUCUUCGGCUUCGGCUCCAUUUUCUCCAUCGGAAAGGAUAAGAACAAGAAGAAAGUAUUAAUUAAUUAAAUCAAAUUGACUGUGAACUCUUUUCCGAUUCCUUCAUUCUCUAAAGGAUUUUGAAAUUUUGAAAGGGCAACAGUCACUCGUACUCAGUCUGAAUCAGGCCGAAGGCGGCUGCUUAUUACCCGACCCGAUCCGACCCGUCAUGUUCAAAUUCCUAGUCUGACGGGUUAAGUUAAUGUUGAACUUGAUAAUCGUUGUGUUAAAUAAAUACUCCUAUUAUAUAUUUAUGAGGUAGGUUGGGUAUCUUCAUAUGAAAAAUAA